UGUUUUUACUGUUCCUGCCGAGCUCGGUACGCUCGAUUUAAAACUGGCUUUGGGAAAAUUCACUAGAAUCUAAAUCGGUACGUCCGUCGGUAGUCCGGUGGUGCGAUCGUUCGUUUAAUAGCUCAAUUAAUAAUCGCUACUUUUGUGUGUGUUUUAAAAUAAGUUGCGAUCGCUUUUUUUUUAGUUUUUUUUCGUUGGAAGUGACGUCUUUUUCCUGCUUUCUAUACGUCUCUUUUUAAAUUGUUGCGAUUAAGUGGUUUUACUGAUAAUUAUUGUGGAAAAUGCGUUGAAGUCCGGAUUUGGUUGUUGGACUUAUUUUAUUUGUGUAACAUAUUAACGGAAUUUGGACAUGAAGGGCUGGUUCGAUGCAUUUAGAAACGAUGGAGGACCCACCCUGUACAAUUUUAGUAAUAGAACUGCCGUCACUGGUGACGUGCCGGUGAUCACUUUUUUGGUGAUAUUUGCCACCCUGUAUGUGGCUUUUUUGAUUAUAUUUCCUGGGAUACGCAAAGAAAGAUUCACCACAUUCUGCGCUGUAACCCUUUCACUUUUAGUAGGAGCGACAAUAAUGGUAUCACUCUUCGGUUCGUGCUGGCACAUUGCCGAAGCCCCAGUAGUAACUACUUAUAGGGCAUUUUCAAACGAGAAGAUAACUGCAUCCCUUGGGGCAUAUGUUGGGUUGAAACACGUUAAUAUCACUUUACAAGCAAUCUCCUCUGCAAACUUAUCAGUUGACAUUGACUACAAUGAACGAUUUGAGUGGAUCGAUGCUUACCAAAUGAGUGAAAGCUUUCGAAAUGCUUUAAAACGUGGACUUCCGUUUCCUAUUUUGACUGUAGCGGAGUAUUUUUCGGUUGGUCAGGAUGGACUUGGAUGGGGAGGCCAGUAUCGGGCAGCAGGGUAUUAUGCUUUCAUCAUGUUGUGGACAUCCUUUGCAUGCUGGUUAUUAAUGAACCUAAUGCUCAUAGUUGUACCUAGAUACGGUGCCUUACUAAUGACCACAUGCGGUUUUCUCCUAUUAGGAACCGUAUGCGGAUAUUUUGGUAUGAUCCCUGAAAACCCUCUAAUAAUCCACAUGGAUGGCACCAGUAUAGAAUUCAAGUUUGGAUGGUGCUUUUGGUUAAUUUUAAUUUCUGGUAGUAUUUGCCUGACAGCGGGUGUUAUAAUUACGACCAUAGAAAUAAUAAAUCCUCACAGUUUUUCUACAAUUCUUGAGGUAGAUUAUGACACGCCCUAUGACAGACACAUAAUAAUAGAAGAUAGUAAAGGAAGGAAGUAUCAGAAGAAGAAAACUAGUAGCGGUAGACUAGAAGAGCCUGAAAGUAUUGGACAUAAGAUACUUAGACGACUCUCUUCAAAACAAAAAGAAGACAAACCAUCGUCUUCAAAUGGCAGUCACCUGAGCCCUAAUGACAUAGGGAAGCAAAACUUCGAACUAGCAACCUCCCUACCUUGGAGGUACCCGAGUGAUCGACAUAUUACAGUUGACCAGCAUGACGUAGACUCCAUUAUGUCAGCGUAUUCAGUAGAGAGAUCGCCUAGGAAUAAUAGUAAUAAUUAUAGGUACCAUCAACGACGCCACCAGAAGACUGAAGUUCCAAUGUGGUAGUGACAAUUAUUUAGAUAUAGAGAAAAAUUUAGUGCAAUUACCCUAACUCAAUUUUAUCUCAAGUUUAAGUGAUCAUAUAAUUGUGAUAUCUUUAGUACUUAAGUAAACAAUUUGCUUCAUCGAUAUACGGCCAUAUUUAUGACUUAAUUUUAAGCAGUUUUAUGUAGAUCUUUUUUUUAUUUAUUCAAUGAUUUUUACCUUGA